AUGUCCCCACGGUGCCACCACCCCCUGGAGCCCCUAUGUCGCCAAAGUGCCACCGCUUCCCAGCGAUACCAUGUCCCCACGGUGCCACCACCCCCUGGAGCCCCUAUGUCGCCAAAGUGCCACCGCUUCCCAGCGAUACCAUGUCCCCACGGUGCCACCACCCCCUGGAGCCCCUAUGUCGCCAAAGUGCCACCGCUUCCCAGCGAUACCAUGUCCCCACGGUGCCACCACCACCCCCCCAGUGUCACCACAGUGCCACUACCCUGUGAUGCUACUGUGUCCCCACGGUGCCACCACCACCCCCCCAGUGUCACCACAGUGCCACUACCCUGUGAUGCUACUGUGUCCCCACGGUGCCACCACCCCCUGGAGCCCCUAUGUCGCCAAAGUGCCACCGCUUCCCAGCGAUACCAUGUCCCCACGGUGCCACCACCCCCUGGAGCCCCUGUGUCGCCAAAGUGCCACCGCUUCCCAGCGAUACCAUGUCCCCACGGUGCCACCACCACCCCCCCAGUGUCACCACAGUGCCACUACCCUGUGAUGCUACUGUGUCCCCACGGUGCCACCACCCCCUGGAGCCCCUAUGUCGCCAAAGUGCCACCGCUUCCCAGCGAUACCAUGUCCCCACGGUGCCACCACCACCCCCCCAGUGUCACCACAGUGCCACUACCCUGUGAUGCUACUGUGUCCCCACGGUGCCACCACCACCCCCCCAGUGUCACCACAGUGCCACUACCCUGUGAUGCUACUGUGUCCCCACGGUGCCACCACCCCCUGGAGCCCCUAUGUCGCCAAAGUGCCACCGCUUCCCAGCGAUACCAUGUCCCCACGGUGCCACCACCCCCUGGAGCCCCUGUGUCGCCAAAGUGCCACCGCUUCCCAGCGAUACCAUGUCCCCACGGUGCCACCACCACCCCCCCAGUGUCACCACAGUGCCACUACCCUGUGAUGCUACUGUGUCCCCACGGUGCCACCACCACCCCCCCAGUGUCACCACAGUGCCACUACCCUGUGAUGCUACUGUGUCCCCACGGUGCCACCACCCCCUGGAGCCCCUGUGUCGCCAAAGUGCCACCGCUUCCCAGCGAUACCAUGUCCCCACGGUGCCACCACCACCCCCCUGGAGCCCCUGUGUCGCCAAAGUGCCACCGCUUCCCAGCGAUACCAUGUCCCCACGGUGCCACCACCCCCUGGAGCCCCUAUGUCGCCAAAUGUCACCACAGUGCCACUACCCUGUGA